AUACUAAUGAACUCUCUAGCCAAUAUUAACGAAUAUAAAGUUUCUGAAGAUAUCUGGAAUUGUCCAGACCAGAUCGAUGAAGAAGAAUGUACUCCUCAAAUACCUCACUUCACGAAGCAAUUUGAGAAUACACUGAAGGAUAACAAAGGUAGCUCAAACAAAGCUGACUUUGAAAAAGAUUUUGAGGGUUUAAGAAACCCCAAGAUCAUGUGACUCAAACCGAAUGAUCAAGUCAGUAACAUGAAGAGGAAAGACAAAACUUAUAAACUACAAACCAAACACAUACAAUCCCAAAACUUCCUCCAGAAGGAGAGGUUUCGAUUUGGCUGCCGAGGAAAAGAAGCUACUAAGACGAAUCUCUUCCGACCGGAUUCUCAAAAUGCUACAGAUCUAAAGUGAUUGUGUGCUCAUGAGACUAUACUGUUUUCUUAUAUAUAACUUUUCAUAAUUAAAAUAC